UGUGAAAAUUUUAAGAAUUUUGCUAUAAGUUUUGCUGUCAACCUUUCGAAUGGAGCGAGUUCGAAAAACGCCCAUGACAUGGUCAAAACUGCAUGAAAACAUGGUCUUAAAACUUUGGGAGCAAAAUCUAAAUGUUCUGAGGGAUCAAAAAAACCGUCGAAUGUAUGAGAGAAUAGCUGAAAAACUUGUUGAAAAUGGCCUGAAACUCGUAUGGCAGGAUGUUCGAACCAAAACUGAUAAUCUUAUCGGAAAAUAUAAGAGAGAAGUGAAAGAGGAGAAAACUGAGGGCCGUCCAUCUACCUGGAAGCACUUUAACCAAAUCCGUAGAAUCCUUGAAAAGAUUGAGUGCAUCAAGUCUAACCCAGAGGUAGUCACAGAUGAAAUCAUUAAGGAGGAAUCAAUUAAUUAUGACGACUUGCCUAAAAGUUCCUAUUCUGGGGCAUCGACAUCUUCAUUUGUGCACGAGGCUUCGGCAGAAGAUCCUUUCAAGAGCUCAAAAUCAUGCCCAGUUGCAGCAGAAAGUCCUGUACCCAAAAGGCGUAAAUCAGAUGACAAAAACCAAACGACGCUCUAUAAUACAUUAAAAAUUCUAACAGUCGGUACGAUUUCGACAGAGGAUGAUCCAUUUGAUUAUGAAGAUUUGCCUAUAAGUUCCUAUUCUGGCGCAUCGAGAUCAUCAGUUGUGAACGAGAAAUCAAAUGAGGAUCAUUUUAAGAGCUCAACAACCUUUCCAGCUGCAGCAGAAAGUCCCGCACCCAGGAAACGGAAAUUAGUUAAUACAAACCAAAUGACGCCUUUUGAGUUUGCAAUGUUAGAAAUUGAAAGAGAUCGAACAGAGAAAUUAACGGAUAUUGCAAUGUGGAGACUUGAGGUAACGAAGCGUAUGGCAGCUGAGAAUGCAGAGUUUCAUAGUAAAAUUCUAGCCCUAAUGAAAAGUAAAAAGUAAAUAUAAUUAUGUUAAUAUAAUAUAGUUACAGUAUUAAUAAAUGUAUUUUAAGAUUUGUUAUGUUUA